ACCGCUCACACACAAAUUGUACUGCUGUACAACAUCACUAAAAUUUCCUCCAGCCAACGGCCAAGCCGAUGAUGAUGACACCACCAUUUUUGCUCAUCAACGUUCGCAAGAUAGGCGAGAGUUGCUAGAUUUGCCGGAGAUGUGAACAGGAGACAGAGAGAUCACCGCGCUGUACACACACCCGCACGCACACAUCGCCGCAGCGAAACCAAAGCCAUUCGAUUCGAGCACGAGCAGACUAGGAGUAGUACAAAGGCAGCAGCAACGAAAGCAACCACUCCCCCCCCUGCUCGCCUCGGGUCGGCUCGGCUGCUCCUCCUCGACCUCGCGCUCGCGGCUCGCCUAACGAGGAGGAGGGAGGGGACCCGCCGCGCCCACCGCCGCGCGCGGGAGCAGCGAGAGCCUGAUGGGUUGCUGCGGGUCGUCGCUGCAGGCCGGGACCCACCCGGAGAAGCCGCCGGGGAGGGCGGCGGCGGCGCCGCCGCCGCACCGGCCGUCCUUCUCGCUGAACCAGCACCAGGCGCAGGCUCAGGGCGGCGUGGGGAGAGGGGGGGUGCCGGCGUUCGCGGAGUUCUCGCUGGCGGAGCUGCGCGCCGCCACGGGCGGGUUCGCGGCGGAGAACAUCGUGUCCGAGAGCGGGGAGAAGGCGCCGAAUUUCGUCUACAGGGGCCGCCUCCAGAGCAGCCGCCGCGCGAUCGCCGUCAAGAAGUUCCCCAAGAUGGCGUGGCCCGAUCCCAAGCAGUUCGAGGAGGAGGCCAAGGGAGUGGGGAAACUACGCCACCGCCGCCUGGCGAACCUCAUCGGCUACUGCUGCGAUGGGGAUGAGCGGCUUCUCGUCGCCGAGUUCAUGCCCAACGACACCUUAGCCAAGCACCUCUUCCAUUGGGAAAACCAAACUAUCGAAUGGGCUAUGCGUCUAAGAGUUGCACACCACAUUGCUGAAGUGCUUGACUACUGCAGUAGCAACAAACGGCCUUUAUACCAUGAUCUAAAUGCAUAUAGGGUCCUAUUUGAUGAGAAUGGUGAUCCUCGCCUUUCAUGCUUCGGCCUAAUGAAAAACAGCAGGGAUGGGAAAAGUUAUAGCACAAACCUUGCAUACACACCUCCAGAGUAUUUGAGAAAUGGUAGAGUUACUCCAGAAAGUGUCAUAUUCAGCUUCGGUACAGUGCUCCUUGACCUUCUAAGUGGAAAGCGCAUCCCUCCUUCCCAUGCUCUUGAUAUGAUAAGAGGCAAGAAUAUCCAAGUGCUCUUGGACUCACAUCUGGAGGGAAAGUACUCAACAGAAGAGGCAACUGCUUUGGUAGAUCUUGCUUCUCAGUGUUUACAGUAUGAACCUAGGGACCGUCCCAAUACGGGAAAGCUGGUUUCCAUACUUGAGCCCUUGCAAACAAAACUAGAGGUGCCUUCCUAUGAGAUGCUUGGUAUUCCAAAGCAUGAAGAAGAAGCGCCUCCUGCUCCACAACCACAACACCCUCUAUCCCCCAUGGGUGAAGCCUGUUCUAGGAUGGAUCUGACAGCAAUCCAUCAGAUUUUAGUUGCCACACAUUACAGAGAUGAUGAAGGGACCAAUGAGCUAUCAUUCCAGGAAUGGACUCAGCAGAUGAGGGACAUGUUGGAUGCUAGGAAACGUGGGGACUUUGCGUUUCGUGAUAAAGAUUUUAAGACAGCCAUUGACUGUUAUACACAGUUUGUUGAUGUGGGAACAAUGGUGUCACCGACGGUAUACGCUAGACGGAGCUUAUGCCACCUCAUGUCUGACCAACCUGAUGCUGCUCUCCGGGAUGCAAUGCAAGCACAAUGCGUGUACCCUGAUUGGCCAACUGCAUUCUAUAUGCAAGCUGUUGCUCUCUCAAAGUUAAACAUGCAGAGUGAUGCUAUGGAUAUGUUGAAUGAAGCUUCGCAGCUAGAAGAGAAGAGACAAAAGAGCCUAAAAGGACCUUGAAAGAGCGUUUCUUGGUUUAAAGAUGCAUCUGUUUAGUCUCCUUUGCGGCUCAAUGGUUUAUGUCGAGACAUGCUGUUCUUCAGAAAAAAAAAAUGUGAUACGUUCAAGGUUAAAAGAGUUGGGGAUGAUGGGGGAAGGCGAUGCAGAGUACUUUUUUUCUCCUUUGGAACAAGAUGUUGUAGAUCCCUGUGAUUGUAACUAUUUGGUUUGCCAUUUCUAUUAUGCAUUUUUUGGGAGGGGCACCUGUAUAUGUAACAUUAAUUGAAAAAAAAUGAAACAUGCACCAUGCAAGGGAAUUUGUGGUGGUCAACACAA